UUUAAGAAUAUUCAGCGUAGAAAAAGAACACUGAUUUUAUUGUGUAUUUCGCUGAGAGAUGCUCCGAAAGUUUAGAAAUUUGAGCGGCUCAUCAAAAUGGAAGGGUCUGGACGAUCCUCUGUUGUAAGCAACGCCAGCACGCAGGCCAGCGCCAGAAGCCAGACUAGCAGUUCCCAUUUCAGUGGCUUCAGCCGCAGCGAUGGCGUUCAGUCGCGGCCCCCGACAACAACGAGCGGGGGUGCCGUCGACGCAGCCGUGGAAAAAACUCUCUCGGUUCCUUCACAAAGACGUGAGGACCACCAUAGUCAUGGUAAAGGUGGAUACGACGAGGGCGACUACAAAAAUAAUUCCAAAACAACGAUCACUCCCUACAAAGGAAAUCGCGGUUUCCAGGGACGCCCCGUUAUCAAAGCAUCAAACGCCCGGAGAAUCAAUUUCGCCGGUGCUAAGAUCUCGCCUGCCAACGGAUCAUUCGAGUCGACACAAAGCACCGGAAGUCGGCCUUCUCGGAAUCCAUUCAUGACGAAGUCAGACAUUCGCCUGCUUUUGGCGGGAGAUGGGCUCGGGCGGAGUUUGACAAGUCAGACGCUGGGUCAAGGUCGUUCCGGUCAGCCAUCAAGAUCCAACACGAAGAUAUCACUGGGUGGGCCGUCGGUGUCCGAUAAGGCGCGCUCGACGCUCUCCAAGAGUGCCUUGACCCACAACAAACACUGUGACGCAUGCGCUGUGGAGUUUGUUAGAUAUUGGCUUAAUGUGAGUACUCUCAAAAAAAAAUAUUUACCAUUCCCUCCCCUUCUCUCCCCCCCCCCCCCCCCCCCCUCCCCCCUUUUAUUUUUCUCCUCAUAAUUCAAGAUGGUAUGAUAGUGAUUCUAUUUAUUAAUUUUUUUCGUCUAUUGGCCCACCGGAGCAAACAAGAAUAAAUUUGAAGUACAAGAUUUUAAAAAAACAAAAAAACUUUUCUAUUGUUGAAUGCACCUGAAGACUUAGUGGUUAUGACAUGUUUAUCAAACAAGCGAAGAUCCUCUUACGAACAUGAAAAUGUAACAUUUAACAUGCUGCAAAAUUUAUUUUUAAAAAAGAAACAACGAAAUUAUUUUUCUUUAAAUGUAUCGCUUGAUUUUGAAAAUGACUCUUUUUUUUUUUUGGGGGGGUUAAAAAUUGUAUAACCAACAAGUUUUUAUUUUAUUAUUAUUUUUUUUAAUUAAAGGAGAGGUCGAUAUUCAAUCACAUUGGUUUUUUUUAAAGAAAAUAUAUUAUGUUACAGGAUUUCUUUAUAACUUUGAUUGGAACAGAUGGUUAGAUAAUGUUUGGUUGUAGAACUUCAACCAGUGGGUAGACAUUUCAAAAAAUAAAAAUAAUAUGUAUUUGUUAAAAUAAUUGUGGGGCCGCCGUCCGGACGUCGAUCUAGACAAGUGAAAGUGCAGCGCCACAUUUAUUCCUGCAAAGUGCCGCAUGCGGCCCCGGACUCGCGGCUAAUUGGCUGGACAAUGUUUUGACAUACUAAACGCCAUGGCUAGACAAUGUUUUGACAUACUAAAAGCCAUGGCUGGACAAUGUUUUGGCAUACUAAAAGCCAUGGCUAGACAAUGUUUUGGCAUACUAAAAGCCAUGGCUAGAUAAUGUUUUGGCAUACUAUAAGCCAUGGCUAGACAAUGUUUUGGCAUACUAAAAGCCAUGGCUGGACAAUGUUUUGGCAUACUAAAAGCAAUGGCUGGACAAUGUUUUGGCAUACUAAAAGCCAUGGCUGGACAAUGUUUUGGCAUACUAAAAGCCAUGGCUGGACAAUGUUUUGGCAUACUAAAAGCCAUGGCUAGACAAUGUUUUGGCAUACUAAAAGCCAUGGCUAGAUAAUGUUUUGGCAUACUAUAAGCCAUGGCUAGACAAUGUUUUGGCAUACUAAAAGCCAUGGCUGGACAAUGUUUUGGCAUACUAAAAGCAAUGGCUGGACAAUGUUUUGGCAUACUAAAAGCCAUGGCUGGACAAUGUUUUGGCAUACUAAAAGCCAUGGCUGGACAAUGUUUUGGCAUACUAAAAGCCAUGGCUGGACAAUGUUUUGACAUACUAAAAGCCAUGGCUAGACAAUGUUUUGACAUAAUAAAAGCCAUGGCUGGACAAUGUUUUGACAUACUAAAAGCCAUGGCUAGAUAAUGUUUUGACAUACUAAAAGCCAUGGCUAGUCAAUGUUUUGACAUACUAAAAGCCAUGGCUAGACAAUGUUUUGACAUACUAAAAGCCAUGGCUGGACAAUGUUUUGACAUACUAAAAGCCAUGGCUAGAUAAUGUUUUGACAUACUAAAAGCCAUGGCUGGACAAUGUUUUGACAUACUAAAAGCCAUGGCUUGACAAUGUUUUGACAUACUAAAAGCCAUGGCUAGACAAUGUUUAGGCAUACUAAAAGCCAUGGCUAGACAAUGUUUUGACAUACUAAAAGCCAUGGCUGGACAAUGUUUUGACGUAAUAAAAGCCAUGGCAAGACAAUGUUUUGACAUACUAAAAGCCAUGGCUGGACAAUGUUUUGACGUAAUAAAAGCCAUGGCUAGACAAUGUUUUGACAUACUAAAAGCCAUGGCUAGACAAUGUUUUGACAUACUAAAAGCCAUGGCUAGACAAUGUUUUGACAUACUAUAAGCCAUGGCUAGACAAUGUUUUGACAUAAUAAAAGCCAUGGCUGGACAAUGUUUGGGCAUACUAUAAGCCAUGGCUAGACAAUGUUUUGACAUACUAUAAGCCAUGGCUAGACAAUGUUUUGACAUAAUAAAAGCCAUGGCUGCACAAUGUUUGGGCAUACUAUAAGCCAUGGCUAGAUAAUAUUUUGACAUACUAAAAGCCAUUGCUAGACAAUGUUUUGAUAUACUAUAAGCCAUGGCUAGACAAUGUUUUGACAUACUGUAAGCCAUGGCUAGACAAUGUUUUGGCAUGCUAAAAGCCAUGGCUAGACAAUGUUUUGACAUAAUUUACCCAUGGCUACACAAUGUUUUGUUUGACUGAUAUGUUCCAUUUAGUAUUGAUAAUCUCACUUAUUCUAUAGAACAACUCUUCAACUCUGAAUUAAUAAUUGACAUCAUGAUGUUUCACUUCAGGACAAACAGCAGCAACAAGACAAACCGCCAACUUUAGCUUCAGCCAUUGACCUUGCCUUCAAAAAGCCAAGCUCGGACGUCAGGGCAUUUUAUGAACCUCUGCAGCUGAUCCACGGCGAAAAAGGAAAGCACCAGGUACGAGAUAAAAGGAGUCCACUGGUUAAGACCAUUGCGGUCCAAAGGUUGAGACCAAAUAGAGUCCACUGGUUAAGACCAUUGCGGUCCAAAGGUUGAGACCAAAUAGAGUCCACUGGUUAAGACCAUUGCGGUCCAAAGGUUGAGACCAAAUAGAGUCCACUGUUUGAGACCAAUGUGGUCCAAGGGUUGAGACCAAUGUGGUCAAUUGGUUGCGACCAAUAGAGUCAACUGGUUUAGACCAAUAGAGUUCACUGGUUGAGACCUAUAGAGUCAGCUGGUUGAGACCAAUAGAGUCCACUGGUUGAGACCAAUAUAGUCAGCUGGUUGAGACCAAUGUGGUCCAAAGCUUGAGACCAAAAGAGUCCUCUGGUUGUGACAAACGUUGUCCACUGGUUGAGACCACUAUAGUCAAGUGCUUCAGGCCAACAGAUUAAAAUGGUUGAGAGCUAUAGUGUCAACUAGCUGAGACCAAAAAAUUUAAAUGAUUGAGAUCAUUGGGAAACCUGCGAUCUCUUUAGUUUACAUUUGUUAAGUCUAGCAUCUGACUUUCAUCUGGACUUAAUUAAGGGGGCUGGGGCAAGAAAAUAGAGUCAUAUUAUGGCCGAACAUGUUCUGUACAUCACAGGCCAAUUGAAUUUACUUUCUUAAUGCCCACGCUUCCCUCAGAGAAACCAAAUUUUUGCAAUGGUGGCCACAACUCACAAGUCAAACGACUACCGGCUUCGGAAAGAGCCGGUCAGCCUCCACACCGUCAGCCUCCCCAAGAAGGGGCUCAUCAAGCUGACCGGCAUCAACUACGAGCUGAGCAACCCUGAGUACUACGACAACCGGAAACAAAGUGAGUGAGCCUUUCUUUUGUGGUGUUUUCCAGUAUUAAUUUUAAUGUCUUCUUUUUUUGUUUUGUUUUGGUUUCCUAUGAAUGGAUCGCCAUGGAGACUUAAUGCUUAGAAUUACGUUAAUUCCAGCAAAGUCGCGCAAGGACACUGAUUGCUUCAUUCGUAUUAAAAAAAAAAAAAGAUUGAAGAAAUACCACAGAUAUUUAGUUCUCAUUAAAAGACUGGAUUCGUUGUAUCUUUCAAACUAUUUGGUAUCCGGGAAAAGGGGGCCGGGGGGGGGGGGGUGUUGUGGGGGUGGGGGGAUUUUUUGCAGGUUUUCUUUGGGUUGGGGGGAUUUGGGGGGGGGGGUAUAUCGGUAGCAUCAAUCAUCUCCAAAGGUAGGCAUAAUGGCGCCAAGGGCUGACCUAUUUCUGAGUAGACAUAUAUUUAUCUUUGAGUGACAACUUAAAAAAGAGUAUUUGUCACGUCUAUCUUCACUUACAGUGCACACAGAUCACACAAUGCUAAUGACUAACUAUCUAUCUAUCAACAACAGAUGCAUUGUGGAGUUCAGUGAAAGAUAGUGACUAUCAUUUAUUAUUAAUACACACUCACGAAUAAGCAAUUAUAAUCACACAUUAGAGAAUACUUAUCACAAUCAUAACCUAUUCAUUAUCUUAUCAACCAAUUAAUAGCAUGGACUUAUACUUGUAACAACCGCCAUGAUUUCCUCCUCUAUUCUCCUCUCCUUCUUCUCUUCUCUCUGAUUGGUCCGUCUUCCCAAGUUCCAUACUCUAUAAAUUAUAAGUCCCUAUUUUACCUCACUUAACUCCCUUAACUCAACUUGGCUCUGUGGCAGUAUUCUAAUUUUCAAACAGGUCUGUUUUGUUUUUUUGGGGUUUUUUCUUAAAUUUCAAAUUGUUUGUUAACACAAAAACUUUUAUUCCCGAUGUUAGAGCCCGAACCGAUGGUACGAUGGGACCACACAAAAUUCACCCUUGUGUCAGAGGCGUGCCCACGUAGCAGAUCCCUGUAAUAUAAUUUUAAAAAGUUUUUAUUUCGUUUCAUUUGAAAUACGUUGAUCUUUUUGUUUUGCAAUUUUUAAAUUGUUUUUUUUUUUUUGCGAUUCUAUUUGGAGCAAGGUUAACGAAUUUUUUCAUGGGACAUUGGACCAGAGGCGUAGCGUGGUGGGGGCAGGGGGGACAGAUGUCCCCGGGCGCCAGCUAGUUAGGGGCGCCAAAAUAUGCUUUGAUAUUAUUUUAUUGAUGAAAAUAAUGGGUUUGAGAGUUGAAAAAAAAGAAAAAGGGGCGCAAAAAAUAGAUCUUGUCCCCGGGCGCGAAUCUUGUCCCCGGGCGCCAAACACCCUCGCUACGCCAUUGCAUUGGACAGAAUAGGUUCUUAAAAAAAAAAUCCUUUGUAUUAACUUUACUUUUGUUUGUGGCUGGCUGCCUGGUUGGCGAAGUGACUGGUUGGCGAAAAUCUACGGAUGGCUAAUUGAACCCCCCCCCCCUUCCCGUCACCCAUCAAGCUAACGAGCUGAAACUCGGCACAUGGACUCGUUUCCGAUGACAAAUGCCUUCUUUCAAAUUUUCACUCCCAGCCUCCAAGGCCAACCUCCAAAAUUCAGUUUUUCAAGGGAAAAAUGAAGGAAAUAUACGAUGACACUGAUUUCACGAAAUAACAUUUCCAUAAACAUAGGGAACAAGAUGAAUCGGGGAGAGUGGGUUCAAGUUGCCAGACGUUCCCACUCCCUGUGAUCUCGAUUCCGAUGUCAUUCAAACUUGGCUCAGAUUUUAUUUUGACUCAUUUUUUGCACAAGGGCAUUCUUAGUAUUCGAGAACUGUUCAGAAAUCAAGUAUAAAAAAUUACUAUGAAGAAAAUAACUGCAACAAUUUUCCAGGCUUGCUAAUCAGAUUAUUUCCGUUUCAUAUUUAUCUCUUACAUAAUUUGCUUCUGGUGUGUCCUGCUUCCUCUUCAAAACUCCACAUGUUUUAUAGUAAUAGUACUGAGUGGGGGGGGGAGAGAGAGGGAGGAAUGCUGUCACGCAGCGAACAUCAUGCGUGACGGUUGAACAUCAUGCGUGACGGUUGAACAUCAUGCGUGACGGUUGAACAUCAUGCGUGACGGUUGAACAUCAUGCGUGACGGUUGAACAUCAUGCGUGACGGUUGAACAUCAUGCGUGACGGUUGAACUCAGGUGAAUAGGUUGGUAAAAAGCCACGGGUAUGGUGUAGGACUCUAUGAGCGCUGUCUGUAGGCCUAUUGUUUUAAGGCUGGCGGCUAGAGGAUAGAACUGUCUGUAGGCCUUUUUUUUUUAAAAGGCCACCAGAUAGGGUGUAGGACUGUCUGUAGCCCUUUUGUUUAAAUGCCUUCAUAUAUCACAGAGUUAGAGAAUGAGAAGUUAACUUAUUUUUGUUAACACUCGGACCCACCGGGUAUUUUCUCAAAAUACCCGGACCCGGUGUAAAAAAAAACUGCCCCCCCCCCCCCCCCCCCCCCCCUAGUUUAAUAUACUUGUCAAUGUAAUCUAUGACGUGUGUUCGUUUCUCUUCUCACCGACCACCCGUACGGCAGCAGCCAGCAGGAGAGAGCAGGACCGGCAAGCACUCUUUGGUUCAGCACUUCCGCCACCGUCGUCCGGUCUGUACCGGGGGCUGCUCAUCAGGAAUAGGACCAUGAUCAAACAGGUGACGACCCGGCGGCUGGACACUGGCCGUUUUCGUGACCAGCCCGUCUUGACUGACCGUUGGCUCUUAUCAUAGCCCUUAGUCUACUCUUACUCAACAUACUCUCAUCUCCCCAGUGUAGUGGUUCUCAACCUUCCUAAAGCCUCGACCCUUUACUUCAGUUCCUCAUGUUGUGGUGACCCCAACCACACAAUUAUUUUCGUUGCUACUUCAUAAAUAAGUUUUCCGAUGGUCUUAGGCGACCCCCUGUGUAAGGGUCGUUCGACUCCCCCCCCCCCUCCAAGGUGCUACGACCCAUAGGCGGCAUAGGUUGAGAACCGAUGCCCUAGUGCAUGCAGGUACAUUUCAUACAACAUACAUCAUAAGACCGUGGUUCAGGCAAAGCACAACCCACAAAUUACACUUUUUUCAAGAAACCCCUAGCCUUGUGGGGAAACCCUUUUGAUAAGAGAAAGGCUAUUCCAAGGUGCUACGACCCAUAGGCGGCAUAGGUUGAGAACCGAUGCCCUAGUGCAUGCAGGUACAUCUCAUACAACAUACAUCAUAAGACCGUGGUUCAGGCAAAGCACAACCCACAAAUUACUCUUUUUUCAAGAAACCCCUAGCCUUGUGGGGAAACCCUUUUGAUAAGAGAAAGGCUAAAAAUAGACGACGACUUGAAGAGAAGAAGAAAAUGAAACCAACGCGAAAAAUAUAUUUUUUUAUCCCUCCCUCUGGGACAAAGUAAUUCAUGACAUUUUGGGAGACAUUUUAUAAUUUAAGUUGUCAUAGGAUAUUUUCGUUUCUUUUCUUCAAAUUCCAGGAUAUUUCCAGGACACCCUGGAAUAUCAUGAGGCUGCGGGAACCCUGUCUUUAAUAUGAUUUUAUUUUUUUUAAAGUUUCGUCUACACAUUUAGUUUUCGGAAAAUUGUUUCUGUUAACUAGGGCUAGAGUAAUGCUCAGUUCACACGAUCAAUUUUGCGUAAAAGUUAAUUCAAAUUUGCGAUAGGUCAUAUAUAGGUAUUAUUGUUAAUAGACAAAUUAACUACAUAUGUAUAGAUAUAUAUAUAUUAUAAUUAUAUCUAUACAUAUAUAAAAAAAAAUUUCUUGACCCCUGGCAGUUGAAACAUGGCGAGAGACUGUUGGCUCAAAUUCAGGAUCUGGAAAUGGGAUGCCUGGAUGGUGAUGUGCUGGAUACACUAGUCCGAGGUCUGCUGCAGUACCAGGUGAGGCCUCCAGAACUGGGUCAUCAUUGCAAAAUAAAACCCCCCAAAAACAGGACACCCUUUAACGUUGAUUUGUUGAUAUCCUUUUAACAACUACAGCCAUCAGGUGUGCUAUCAAUUGUGUAAUGUCAGGUAAGCUAUCAGUAUUGUAAUGUUAGGCAGCCAUCAGCUAAGCUAUCAAUAGUGUAAUGUCCGGUAAGCAUCAGGUAAGUUAUUAAUAGUAUAAUGUCGUGUCAUGCCGUAAUUCAUCUACGUACAAUCUGCAAAGCGUAAACUUUCAACAUUCAUACCAUUUUCACCUUCACCUGAACAGGUAAGCAUCAGGUAAGGCCUUGAACCUUAAAAGCCUUGAAAUUGAACAUAUACAACAUAACAAACUCAUGAAGGCAGAACAGUUAUUUCAAAUAUCUUUUAAUUAUAUUGUGCGGCAAGAGAGUUUCACAUUGAAGUCCUCAUAAAGUUUCUGUUUUUAGGGGUUUAAAUUGAAAGCAUUCUGGAAUGGAUUCUAUACACAAGGCAUUAAUUACUUAAGCAAUUUCAGUAGGCCGACAUACAUCUGACAUUUUUAUGGCAAAAACCAAAAUCCAACAACAUUUAAAACAUUACAUCCCAAAUAGAGGAUAUUAGAUCAAACAUAUUAGAUCCAACAUCAAGGACAAUAAAUCCAAUAUUGACAAGAUUAGGUCCAACAUAGAGGAAUUAGAUCCAACAUAAGGGAAAUUAGAUCCAACGUUAGGGAAAUUAGGUAUGGCAAAAAUUCUAGGGAAGAAAAGCCAUUGCCCAAAAUUUAACACAAAAAAAAAAAAAAUCUUUUACAAUUUGCUUAUUCAAAAUCUUUUUUUUUUUAAAUAUAAUAUAAAUAAAAUUUAAUAAGUCAAAAGAUCAUUUUAGAACAAAAUACUGUUGUUAAACAUUCCAUUUAAAGCAAACUAAAAAGUGGGCUCACCUAUCUUCAUUGGGCUGAGAGUUUGAGGAUAUUUCUCUUCGGUGGGCAGCAGGUGGCCCUUUUAGGUGUUACAGAGUUUGAGGAUGUUUGUCUUCGGUGGGCAGCAGGUGGCCCAUUUAUGUGUUACAGAGUUUGAAGAUUAAUUAAGGAAUAUAUAUUUGUAUAACUCCAUACAGUUUAAGCAGUGAACAGCUCUUUCCUCACUAGGAAUUAUUAUAUUUUAAAAAAAAAUAUAUUUUCAACUUGGCACAUAAAGUUCAAGGAAGCAAUCAUUAAAAUCCAAAAUUCCCCACACCAGUGAGCAAGUGUAAAAUUACUUUGUAAUGUUGCAAGACCAACCAUACUUAGUGUUAGGUAAUGAUAUGAAUCACUUGUUUCAGAAUAAUUUGUGGAAACUAAAGCACUUGACAGUAUUUGUGAGAAUAAUUACUUUUCUUGGUUGUAUUUUGUUAUUUCCCUUGGUUGUGGCUUAUUUCCCUUGGUAGAGUUUUUUUUUUUUUUUCUGGCUGAAAUUUAAAUGUCUCAAACUCCACCUCCCUGAGGGUGGGUCUAUGGGGUAAACAAACAUUUGGACCCCUGUCAUACUGGCAAGUUUUAUAGGCGAGAGGUGAGUCACUUAGGGCGGCAGUCAUGAUUCUGACUCCUUUUCAAGCAUUUAGCUGUUCUUUAAAAUCAAAUUGUGGAAAUAACUGGGAAGCCAGUAAAAAAUUAAGUGGGACACACUCCACUCAAUGAUUCUUUAUCCCUGACAAUAAAAAAAAAAUAUUUAUUAACAUUUAAGCAUUUUAUAAAUUUAUAUAUUUUAUUUAUGCAAGAAAAAAAAUCCUUUUUAGAUCUUCAAAAUACUAUAUAGCUCACCAUAUUUUGAUAUGAUACAAAAUGCUUUAAAUAAGAUACAAUUUUUACUGCUAAGUGCAGUUCCAAGUGUGUUUAAUUCUUAUCCAAAAAUUGAUCACUGAUAUGGCACACAUCUUAUGUUUACCGGGUAAUGAUUUUGAUUUGUAUGAGGCUACCCUUGAUGGUUAAAUGUACAAUUUCACAAUAACAAUAAUUUUAAUUUUUAAAAAUGGCACCAAGGUAAAAAUAAGACAAAAAUCAACACAUCCCCAUAAAUCUGGCUAUAAAAAAUCAACGUGACAAGCCAUCACCAUUGAAAUCACAGAAAUGUUUAUUUAUAAGCUGAGUGAAGAGAUAUCUUGGAGAUACAUGAGGGGGAUCACUCAGCGGGUGAUAAAGUCAGAUGAAUUCACUUUGAAUGGCAAUGGAUGUAGCUUUGUCCACCUCAAAACAACCCCAAGUGUUAUUAAGUAAAUGUUAUAUGGACUCGAUACAAAUUUUUUUAUUUACCAGUAUUGAAUGUUUAAUGUUACCAUACACCAUCACCAAUCAAAUAUUUAUAUUGGGUGCAAAUUUUGACUUUUGAUUUGAACAUUUUUUUAUCAUUUGAAAACUUGUACAAUAAUAUGAUCUAAUCCCAAAUUAUCCACACCAUGACAGAUAACUCUGAUCUGAGGGGGUUAAAACUAAAAAUAAUAUAGUGGAUUAUUGCUCUUUCUCCAAAACAAAAAAAGCCAAAGAUCCCAACAUUAUAGACUGGAGACAACUUCUCUGCUAGGACACAGCAACCCUUGGCUUACCCAGCACGUCUUGAUGAGAGAACGCGCGGUCAAUGUCUUUUAGCAGCAGUAAGCUUUUCAAUGCAGGCGGACACUGAAGUCUGCUGGUGGCCCAGAACACAUUGUGCCCCGAGGUCAUCACCGCCUGCCUGACCACACGACGAGCCUGGUUUUCCAGCGACAUCAUGAACCGCGGAGCCUUCUUUCCUCCGCUGGGUCCGUUCAGGUGGUAAUCCAUCUGAUGGAGGUGCUGGGAGCGCGUGACGAGUCUCUGGUUGGAAUCUCUGUCUGCGGCUGACUGAAGCAGGUUUUCCUGGGAGCUGGAGCACACUUGCAGCUUGUGCAGUAGCUUGGAGAAGUGCUCAGGGCUGGAGUUGAUGAGAACUCUGAUAAGGACAUCGGGUGUGGACCCAAGGGAGUAUCCGUGGGCUGCUAAAAGUAUAUGCAGGAUCUCCAUGCUUUGGCUGGAACCGUCUAUGCUCUGGUUGCCUCUUCUGACCAUCUCGUUCAUGGCCAUCAUCACCGCAUUCUCAUGCUGCAGGGUGAUGCGAACCGGGUUCGGCUGACCGCUGAUGUAGUACUGCCAGUGACUGCUGACGGGCGACGGCCAGUUAGUGCUGCUGCCCUGCCUCGGCUGGGUGGUGGCCCCGAGGCGAAGAAGUUCAAGUACGAGUUCUACGCUCUUGUUGUUGACAGCCUGGUACAAAGGGGGCCCCAAACAGGUGUUAUUCAGGUGUUGUGUGACCAUGUUGAUGUCAGCCCCGUGAUUCACCUGUAAAACAGUAUAUGAUGAUGAGUUUGAUUUCAAAACAAGUAAAAAUAUAGUAAAGGGUCCAUAAUCCCUUCAAACAGCCGAGUCAAAGCGUGUGCAGUCCAGCACCCUCCAAUAUAAACUUGAAAAACACAACUACCGUACAUAGAUUACAUUUAACAAUACAUAAAUUUUACUGUGCUGAUGUUCCUCCACGCCUUCAUGGACCAUAUAAUACUUCAUAAGAUUUCCAAUUUUUUUAAAACAAAACAAUUUCAUUGGGUGAAUCGAAUUUUGCAUAAGCACUAAUACAACGGCUUAAGAAUCAAACCAACUGCCAGAUCAAAGGAAUCUGUGUUACAAUGUAGGCAAUGAAAUCUGUGUUACAAUGCAGCCAAUGAAAUCAGUGUGACAAUAUAAUCUGUGUUACAAUGUAGGCAAUGACAUCUGUGUUACAAUGCAUCCCAUUAAAUCUGUAUUACAAAUGCAGCCAAAGACAAAUGAUUAGUUUCAGAUUUAUGUUUCAAGUGCAGGUCGUUAUCCCCAAAUCUACUUUAAAAAAAAAAAUUUUUUCAAGAAAAUACACAGGUCCUGACAAUAUUUUUUGUUGCUCACCAACACACGGAGCAUGUCCAGCAUGUUGUAGUUGAUUGCUGUGCUGACAGGUGUCAUGCCAUAGAUGUCAACAGCAUUGGGGUUAGCUCCCCUCUCUAGCAGAAGCUGAAAUUUUAAAAUAAGAAUGAAAACAAAUGAAAAAAUUGUUAAGAUAGAUUAUGAUUACAGUAAAACACCCAGAAACUAAGACAAGACUUGUCUAUCAGGACUGACUAAUUAUCACUACAUUUUUUACUUAAACUUAAAGCAAAUGUAAGAUGGUUCACCAAACUUUCUUUCAACACCCACAAACUAUAAAGGAACUAAUUGAAAUACUUGGAAAGGAAAUGACAAUAUGAUAACGUGAUGUGUACCAGCGAAGCAAUCAUCUAGAAAUUCUGGCAUAGAGCUGUAUGUCAUGUUUGUAAAUGACAUUUUGGUCUACGUGGAACUUAUGAGAAACUUGGCUCUCAAAACUGAAGGAGUGUUAACAAAAUUCUCCCCUUUAAAUUAAUUUUAUUACACUUUUACACUCGAAAUAAUUUUUAAAAAAUUUAAGGUAAAAAAUUAACAAAGCAGUAGAGGAUUUUAUAAACUUUUGCUUCAAAGAAAACUUUAAUUAAGCUAGCUAUAAAUCCUUUACUUAAUUUGUGUAUUUCAUUUUUAAUAUAAAGGUAUAAUAUUAUUUUUUGUAGAGUUAACUGUCAAACUGUUGGGUGUUUUAUUAUCCAGUUUUGAGCACGCAAACCUCACCAAAGCUGCCUGGAUAUUCCUGUAUACCAGGCACUUGAUCAGCGGAGUCCUCCCCCACACGUCUUUCCUGUCAAUAUUUCUAGAACGCUUCACCAGCUCCUGGACACAGUGGAGUGAUUUCCUCUUACACGCUUCGUGAAGAGCUGUCAUAUUGCAGGAGUCCUCCUGGUCCACAUCCACUCCCAAGCUGAUCAGAUACCUGGAAUCAAAGUUACGGCUAACCUCACACUGAAGGCUAUGAAAGAUGUGGGAUCAGAGUCACUGCCUAAUCUACAGCCAAUCAAAUCAGAUAUGAAAAAACAUUUCAAAGGCUCCACAAGUGCAAUGAGCCGUAACACGUGUCUGUUUCAACUUGAAAUUUCUCCCAAUUUAUUUCCAACAUUCACAAACGUAAUGCAACCGGUUUUACAGGUCGUAACACAAACGCCAUACCAAAAAUAAAUAACCAGUUCACAUUUCCAACAUGAAAGAAACAUGCAGGAUGAUUUAAUUGAAAACACAACCGAACUAACUUGAUGACAUCCAAAUGUUCCCCGGCUGCAGCUCGUUGCAUGAGAGAAGGAACAAUUGUAACAUUCUCCACGCCGCCAAAUUUUCUCAGAUUGACGUCUUCUUGAAUGCUCUUCAGCUUUUCACAAUCGCCCUGAUGGGUACAGCAAAAAACAAAAAAAUAAAUUGAACAUUUCAGGAAAAAUAACAGUGUUUCUUCCCAAAAAAUAUCUUUGUCUUAGAUAUGUUUUAAAUUUUUUUUAAAGAUCAUUGAUAUUGUUCAUGUCAAAUGCAGAGCCAACGCAUGACUUUUUGAGCCCCUCUGUUCCUCUUGGGAUUUGUUCCUCCAGCAUUCAAAGUUAAUAAAAUCAGAUUUUUUUUCAACAUCAAUUUUGGGCUCUUGUAAUAUCAAGGGUUGCAGGGUAUGAGCAAUAUCUCUGGUUGAUUGCUUAUCAAUCUUUAAGGGAAAUUGAAAAUGAUCAAAAAAACAAAAAAAAGAAACAUUUAAAGACUUUUUUCUUAAAAAUAGAUUUUAGGAUACCAGAGUGCCGUGAGCAUGCUAAAAUUGCAUGGACACACGCACUGUAAAAGUAUUCAAUCAAUCAAUCAAAUGUUACUGGAUUAUAUUGAAUAAGCAAGGGUUAAAGGUUGACACACCUUCUCCACGGUCUCCACAACGAGGUUCGCAUAUUGUUUAUAUGGGUCAUCGACGGGAUCAGAUGGGUUCGACCCCCAAACUCUCCAGACAUUAGCCAAUCGACUGACCAGCGCGCCCAUCAUGAGGGGGCCUGGACUGAAAUCACACCAGAUCUCAAGGUUUCUUUGAAUUCUUCCCAAGCCCUGAGUUGUAUGGUCUCAAGUCUACUCUUUUGGUCCCAAGUAAUCUGAUGUGCUAUUAUAGAUGAAGUUUAUUAAGAUUUCUCGAGUAUUAUCUUCUUUUUGUAGAUGAACCUGAUAAAGAUAUGUAUCAGUACUAUUAGUAUUAUAUCAUUUCAAAAGAAUUAUGUCACUGAUAGCGCUGAGAACCAUUGUUGCCAUUCCUUUGAAGUAAUAUACAGGUAUAAACAUGUGUUGAUUUUUUUAUUUGUGAUUUGGGAUUCAUAUUUUUUAUAUUUUAACAUUGGGAAUUCUUAUAUCAGUCAUAACAAGACAAUAAGGUUAAUUUUUUGACCAUUUUGAUGAUAAUUUUUGAUUCUGUAGAAUAUUAAUUCGCAUAAAUUUUUCUUCAAUCGCAGUCUGGUUUUUAAUUUUGAAUAAGUUUUCCAAAGUGUAUGAAAAAUACAUCAAGUUUUUAGUAAGAUUUGUCCCUUUACAGGUUCAAAUACAAACCUGUAACAAUUCUGGCCCGACAUCAGAAAGAUUGUUUUACUAGCACUAGAAAAGUUUUAGGUACUAUUUCCAUUGUUAAGCUUAACAGAUAGGGAUAGUGAGAAGUACAAGUUACCAGAUGACAGAUUUGACUCAGCAUAUCAGGGAAUAAAUUUUUCCUGAAAGUCACUAGGAGCUGAUGUCAGAUUUUUAUUUUUUCCUGCCAUGCUUAAUUACCCUGGCUGCCUGUUUGCAUAUUUCAUUACUCUAGUUUGAAAAAAUGAGCUAAAAGAAACUAGGCCUAGAUACUUUCACAGUUUCCAUGCCCACUGUUGAUACCACUGAAUACAUUCACUCUACAGAUGCCUGAGGUACCUAAUCUGAAUACAACCAUUCAAGGAUUCAUUGGAGCGGAAAGCCCCAGCCCACGACUGAACAGAGAGAGGAUAACCAGCCCUCGGCUAAUCCCUGGCACAAGCCGAAGGAGCCGCACUGAACAAGGCCAAACUCCUUGAGAGUUCCACCCUAUAUUUGCUUUUUCUUGAUGUUUAGGAUGGUACUUGAUGCGGCUUUAAGAUGGCACAUAAUAAAGAUGCCAAGAAUCAAAAACAUUGAUAACUUAAUUCUUCAUCAAGUUUUUAAAAAAAUGACCUAAACCAUUGUUGCCCAAAAUCAUUAACUAAUUAUUGUUAUUUACAGGAUAUCAUUCAAAACAUCUGUCAACAACAAAACAAAAAAAAGGGAAAAAAAGUAUUUGAAUAUGUCUUGUUAUUUGGAUUGUCAUUUGUGGUAUUUUUUUGUUUUGAAAUUUCAGCG